AUGCCCAAAUCACCCUUCUCACCGGGCUCAAGCCGUACUGCAUACUCAUCCGUUGGCCGUAUGCCCGUCAUCGCGGAAGACGACUCACUCCCGGGCGUCACACAUCCAAAAAUCGCCGCCCUCCCUCCUCCACCGCCAUGCCGUAGCACGAAGCCGAAAUACUACGGCCGCUCGCCAGUACCACGGGCUAUCAACUCGCACCCGUCCUACCCUCCCCCGGCCUACUCUCGCAGCUCGUCUCGCGACAGCACCCUUAGUACUCUGAGCACACGCAGCCUCCUUAGCGCGGGCAGCAACGGCAGCCGUCCGAGCUCGGGUACGUCCACUCCCAGGAGCUCUCUCAAGGACAAGUCUCAGCUUCUUCCCAUCACUACGCCUGUAGGGCCACCGUCGGUUGCGGAGAAGGCCAAGAAGGCGUCGUGGAUCGCCCGCCGCGGCAACAGAUACCGCAUGCUGGUUGCCAUUACCCUCGGCAUUGGUCUGAUUGUUGGCUUGUCGGCUGGACUUACCGUCGGAAUGCGCAGACCACCUCCUCCAGUAACUCCGACUACCACUAACACAACGGAACUCUUCCCCUCGGGCUCUUUCUCCUUCAAUACGGCUCUGUUGGAGUCCAACACAGGAUGCACCGCCAACCCAUCGACGUGGCGUUGCUUCCCCUACCAAAACUACUCUCAAUCCUCAAGCGGCUCUCUCGCAUCCUUUUUCUGGACAAUCACCCCGAAAAACUCAUACACCUAUCAAAUCUCGUCCUCCUCCAACCCAUUUGCUCCGCAAUUCACCAACCAGACCAUGGUGCUGCUCGAAGGAAACACCAUCAACGAGCGCCUCGUCUUCAACUUCUCCCUCCCCAAGACCGUGGUCCCGUCCGAGGCUAUCACCGACGACGGCCGCGCCGCGACUUGCACUUUCCCCGACACCGCGUUCCGCGCGACGGUCUGGACGAGACGCAACACCACCACGCCGCUCGGGACCAUCGCUUCCGGCACGAACGCGACUACCUCUGACCCCAACGUCAAGUGGGCGCCCUGGCCUGGCCAGGUUGAGGUUGUGCAGGUCAAGAAGGGAGGGCCCGCGUGCCAGGACAAAGCAGGCAACGCCGUUACCGUCGCGGCGGGGCGUGAUCAAUGUAAGUGCCGGUAUGCCAACUACGACUUGGAAUCACAGCAGAAGACGAGGAGAGAUUGGCAGGCGUGA